CGUCAGCCGAAGCACUCGGACACAUUUCGACGUUACACAAAUACACAUCCUCGCGCUUGCCGAUGUUAGCGGGUGAAGGCUAAAUAGGUUUCAGAGGGUACAGCUGGUUGGAUGCCCGCGGCGCCACAAUGGAGCUCUCUGACUCAGUCACACAUAAGAACGGGCGGCAGAGGAGGCCCGCUGUCCCACAGGGGGACAUGAGGGACGGGGACAGGGUUCUCAACACUACCCCUGACAUGGACAUGGAGGUGGAGGGGGAGGCGCUGCACCAAGGAUACGACGCGGAGGACAACGGACAUCCCAGGGUGCGGCCUGGGAUCAGAGGGGAGCUGGGGAACGUAUCUCUGCUGCUCUUCCUGUAUGUCCUCCAGGGCAUCCCUCUGGGCCUGGCCGGGAGCAUCCCUCUCAUCCUGCAGGGUAAAAACGUCAGCUACAAGGACCAGGCCUUCUUCAGCUUUGUCUUCUGGCCCUUCAGUCUCAAGCUGCUGUGGGCCCCGCUGGUGGACGCGCUCUACCUGACCCGGUUUGGACGCAGGAAGUCGUGGCUGGUGCCCACCCAGUACCUGCUGGGCUUCUUUAUGCUGUACCUGUCGGUUACCGUGGAUACGCUGCUGAAAAGUGACGAGGGGCGGGGCCCCGACGUGGUGACCCUGACGGCUGUGUUCUUCAUGCUGGCCUUUCUGGCAGCCACCCAGGACAUAGCAGUGGAUGGCUGGGCUCUGACCAUGCUGUCUAGGGAGAAUGUGGGCUACGCCUCCACCUGUAACUCUGUGGGACAGACUGCUGGCUACUUCCUAGGCAACGUGCUCUUCCUGGCCCUGGAGUCAGCUGACUUCUGCAACAAAUACCUGAGAGCAGAGCCUAAAGAGACUGGCAUCGUUACACUGUCAGAAUUCCUGUUUUUCUGGGGCGUGGUGUUCCUGGUGUCGACCACGCUGGUGGCCCUUCUGAAGAAGGAGAACGCCAGGGGACAGCACGGGAGGAAGAAGGUCCGGGAGGAGACGCAGAGCGUCAUGGAAACAUACAAACUGCUGGUUUCCAUCAUCAAGAUGCCUGCGGUGUUCACCUUCUGUAGUCUGCUGCUCACUGCUAAGAUAGGUUUCUCUGCAGCAGACGCAGUGACCGGUCUGAAGCUGGUAGAGGCAGGUGUUCCUAAAGAGCAGCUGGCGUUACUGGCCGUUCCCAUGGUUCCCCUGCAGAUACUACUACCACUCAUCAUCAGUAAAUACACCGCGGGACCACGACCACUAGACGUCUUCUACAAGGCCUUUCCCUUCAGGUUGUUGAUAGGUCUGGGGUAUGCUGUGUUGGUGUGGUGGACUCCCAGUUUAAAGCAGGAAGGGGGAUUCCCUCUCUACUACUACACUAUAGUACUGUUCAGCUACGCACUGCAUCAGGUGGCGCUGUACAGCAUGUAUGUGGCCUGUAUGGCUUUCCAUGCUAAAGUGAGUGACCCAGUGAUCGGUGGGACCUACAUGACCCUGCUGAACACAGUCACCAACCUGGGGGGCAAUUGGCCCUCCACCCUGGCACUGUGGAUGGUCGACCCACUCACCUCGAAGGAGUGCCAGGGAGCCGCCGGACAGAGCUGUGGCUCCUCAGAGGAGGCAGGGCUGUGUGUAAAGGAGGGCGGUGUGUGUGUGACGUCGUUGGACGGUUACUAUGUGGAGUCGGUGGUGUGUGUGUUGAUAGGUCUAACGUGGUGGGUGUGGCUAGGGAAGAGGAUGAGAAGGCUACAGGACCAGAGCCCUGCAGCGUGGAGGUGCAGGAUCGGCCAAUGACAACGUUCACCCAGCUCCUUGACCCGCACAACCACUUUCCUGACCCCAGCAAGGCCAAUCGCCAGACAGCUACAGUCUGAUAUAAACGCUUCCUCUCUUAUCUUUUCUUCUCGCUCACUUUCAGUUGGUCUGUGUUGGUCUUUCUCUGUCCCUCCCUGUCCCUCCAUGUCCCUCUCUGUCCCCCUCUGUCCCUCUCUCACCCUUCUCUGAUGACUUAUCAGUCUCCGUUCUUCCCACCCUUCUCUUUCUCUGCUCGGUGUGUGUAUAUUGUCCUUCAGCACUUCUUAGUUUGAAAUAACUGUGGCUGUGGUCUGGCUACCACAAGACUAUGGACCACAACAGUCAAUUUCUCCUUUCAACAUCACAUCUUCACCAGGACUUCUGUCGCUUCAACUACUUCAUGUCCCAUUGGAAACAAAAAAAGAAGGAACUAUUCUUACUAGGGAAUAUUUACAGUAGACAUUUACUCCUUUCUUCUCGUUCCACAUUCUCAGUAUCUUCUCGUUCCACAUUCUCAGUAUCUUCAACUAUUUCAUUAGACUUGUCACUUGUAUUAUUUGUGCCUUUGCUAGGUUCUUCAGACUGUCAUUAUAAUGUCUGAUAUUUGAAAAGACUUUCAUCAAUGGACAUAAAAAGCAAACCACAUUGAAUGUUGAGAUGUAGAUGUACCAAGGCCUGCUUGAUAAACAGGUCAAAUGUGUCUGUAACAUGGAGUCAGAAAUCCCAUCUGGAUUCUUGAUGGUAAUCCAUAGCCCCUUUGACAGAAAUGUUUCAAUUAUAACAUUACUGUUUUAAUAUAUGUCUGUAUUUUGGGGAUUACAACAGUAUUUUCUCUAAACCAGCACUGAGAGGUCAGAGAUUGUGUGACAGGGAGAAGGCAGUAACCAGUCAGGUCCGGAUCUGGGAUCAUGUAUAAUGGUUCUGUUUGGAUUGUGUGAUAGAAAUGAUCAUUUUCUCUGUGUAUUUGUUGAAAUGAACGAGUUAUUUUUAAAAUUAGUUUUUUGGGGUCUCUGCUUGUAUUCCACAUCAGGCUGCACAACAAAAACAUUUACAUUGAUCCAUAUGUGGAAACCUGAUCAUUCAGAUUCUCUGUUUCUCCCUUCAUUUCUGUCCCUAACCACAGGUCCAAAUUCAGUUGUGGCUCAGUUUCUAAAUGUGAAAGUCAGGGUUGGGGUAUAAUGAGAUCAUCCUAAAUCAGGUGUUUCUCCUUUGUGGGGGACAACAACAAAAAAAACGCACACUGAGUUUCCUCAACGAUGUAAAGCCUUCAACCUGUACGUGAGUUUCCACACCAAUGUAAAGCCUUCAACCUGUAAGUGAGUUUCCACACCGAUGUAAAGCCUUCAUACUGUGAGACUUUUGUUAUCCUUGAACAUAUCGGUUUUUUUUUAACUUUCUGUUUAUUUUACAACUUGUGAUGCUGCUGUAUGUACAUGGUCUUAUGUCUAUACGUGCCAGUUCUUUUACAGUUCUUUUAAUGUGACCUGUACAACUCUACUGGCAUUCACUUACAUAGGGAUAUGUAUGUAUACAGUCAGGUCCAUAAAUAUAAAACGUGCUGUAAUUCCUACACUGUUCACCUGAUUUGGAUGUAAAUACCCUCAAAUUACAGCUAAAAGUCUGCAUUUUCAGCUCAUAUUCAUUAUUUAAUUUAAACCCCAAUAUGCUGUGGUAGACAGCUAAAAUAAUAAUACCUUGGUUAAUGUUCAAAAUAUUUAUGGACCUUGACUGCAGCUAUGAUUUGUUUGAUUUACCAAAUAUUUAAAUUAAAUUAAUGUAAACUUUUUUUUUUUAAUGUCUGUUUGGCUUAAUUAUUUUCCAAUAUUACUGCAGGAGAGGGUUUUUAAAAGACUGUUCAGCUACUGACUUUAAAAAUGAAGGAGAGCCGCACGCUAGGAGCUCAGAUGCAAAAAUAUUUAAUUUACCAACGUUUCGACAGGCAAGCUGUCUUCAUCAGGGUACCCUGCCUGUCGAAACGUUGGUAAAUUAAAUAUUUUUGCAUCUGAGCUCCUAGAGUGUGCGGCUCUCCUUUAAUUUUUAAUUUUUCUACUCCGCUAGCGAGCACCUCGCCUAAAUAGGUGUGCGUUUCUUUUUCUUCUAGACAGCUACUGACUUUCCCAUGGAAUACAAAUCAUUUGUGAUGGGCUGCUGCAAACAAAUAUUUGAUACCCAACAUACAAGAAAAGCUGGUUUUAAAGAACCUGCUUUGGUGUCGGAGUUGUCCUUACCCUCUCUGAGGCCAGUGUUCACGUGACCUCUUUUAAGUUGAAAAGAGCAGACAUUACAAGGUGACUGUACCAGAGUUUGGGGUCAAAUCCAUUGAAAUUCCAGUCAGUUUGGGAAGUACACUAAAAUUGCAAUCCAUUCUCUUCAAUAGUUCAAUGAGGGAACAUUUGGAAUUGAAAUUUGCUUUACUUUCUACAUCGACUGGAUUUUCCACAGAAUGGACCCCAACUCUGGACUGUACCCUAUGGGACUUGUACAUAUGCUAUGCUGUAAAAUGUUCUGAGGAACUUUUGUACCAAUAUUCCCAAGAUGUAUAAUAUGGAAAAAUGUUAAUACAUGUCUUAUAUAUAUAUA